CCAUCCAGGCAGGGCCCUGCGAGGCCUCCGGUGACAUCAUCCCGAAGCAGCUUCCCCUCGCACCGCGCCCGGUUUCCAGAGCUCUGGGCGGGUUAUUCUGUCUCUGUCUGACCGCGGUUGCAGAGGCAUCGCCACCGGCGGGUGGGACGCAGGGCCAGGAGGAGGGGGAAUGCAGGCAGCGAGGGAAGGAGGAGCCUGCAGGCGACAGCUUGAGUCCAGCCCCGCGCACUAUUUGCUGCCUCGGUGCCUGCGCUGACCUCAGCACCAGGAAUACUUCUGCUGCAAAUUAAAAUUCAAAAGAAACAAAAGUACUUUAUUCAAAUAGUGACAACAGGAAAAACAAACAACAUAAAAAGCAUUACCUUCUAUGAAGAUAAAGAAGUGUGAUGGAUUUAAAUAAGCCAAAUGAACUGAAUUCCAGAAAGAAACCCUUCAAAGAGGAGGAAAGAGCAGCAGUCACUUCCAUCUGGGGGUCAUUGCCAUGUCUGGAUUCAAUCUUCCCUGCCAGGACUGAGGACAGCGAGGUCUACAGAAUGUAAUCUAGAUGGAUGGAACCUCCUCUUAACUAAGUUAUUACCCCUCUUCCCCCAAUUCCUGCCUGGAAUUUGAAAAAAAAUAAGUGAAUAAAAACCUGGUAAGUAAAUCAAAAUCAACUAGCUGUGAACAUUCUGCAAUGAUUGGAUUCCAGGACUUUAUGGAACUGAAACAAAAGGUGAAAUAAAUCUGUUUGAUACUUCAGCCAAGUUCAAAUACAGACAUAUCCAAAAGCUCACAGAAUAAAACAGAGAUCACACUGGAGUCAAGAAAUAGGUUCACACAUAAUAACUCAUUGGUUUCAAAUAAAGUAUCAAAUCAAUUCAAAGGAGAAAGGAAAUACUCUCAGAAAUGUUGGAAAUACUUGAUAUCUAUAUGGGGGAAAACUGAAAUGACCUCUGUCAUAUAUGGUACACAAAAAUGAAUUUGAAACAGAUCAUAGCCAUAGUGUAAUAGCUAAAAUUGUAAAACUUCUACAAAAUUAUAUAACUUUCCAUAAGAGAAGUGGUGUUGCAGGUUUCCUCUAGCCCAUAAUCCCUAACAUCAUCCCUUGCUGUGGAAAAAAUAUUGCAACCAUGUCACCAGCAACUUUAGCUGUGAACUUCUGUCCAUGAAAACCCCCCACAGGGGUAGACUCAACACUGAGGGUGGGGCUAUGAACACUUGCAUGGUAGCUACUGCAAGGAUAAGGCAAGGCUAGGCAAGGAUAAGACUUCACCUUUCUGCAGACCAUUCAGGACAUCAGAAAAAUGGCCUUGGGUUUCUUGAGAGCUAGAAGACAGGAAGCAUUUGUGUCAUUCCAUGAUGUGUCUGUGGACUUCACCCAGGAAGAGUGGAGACUAUUGAGCCAUGCUCAAAGGACAAUGUACAAGGAUGUGAUGCUGGAAAACUACAGUAACCUGGUCUCCUUGGGAAUUGCAUUCUCCAAACCAACACUUGUCAUUCUGCUAGAGCAGGGGGAAGAGCCUUGGAGAAAAGAGAGAGAUUAUCUGUCCAACCCCUAUUCAGCAAAUACAAAGUCAAGAAGUCAAGUGUGUUCUUCCUCCACUCUGGACUUCUGCAGUCAACAACUGUGCCACCAGGUGCUACAAGAUCAUUACAUUCCAAUCUUCCCAGGCUUAUUUGUGGGAACUCUCCAAGUAUCAGAUCUCUGCCUAGCAUAUCAGAAGCAGCCACAACAACCACUCUCUUCUGAAAGUUCCUGUAGUGACACAGUGGAAGGAAACCACAGAGGUUGGGACUCCAAAAAUGUUUGGGGGAGGACAAGGGAAUGGGUUACUUCAAGAACCUUCUCAAGGGAAGGCAAGACAAUGGUGGAAAUAAAAUUCAGCUCAGCUGAGAAGGCAAACCCUUUAGAAACAGACAAAAUACUAAGGUGGGUAGAAGCCUCUGGAUUUGAAGUAGUCAAGUGUGGAAAUGGUGACCUAGGUUUUCACCAGAAGUCAGCUCUCUUCAUUCAUCAGAGGACCCAUUUAAGGGAAAAGCCUUAUUUCUGCUGUGAGUGUGGUCGAAGCUUUAGCUAUAAGUCAGCUCUCAUCACACACAAGAGAUCACACACAGGAGAGAAGCCUUAUCUCUGCACCGAGUGUGGGCAAGCCUUUAGCCAGAAGUCAAACCUAGUCACACACAAGAUGGCACACUCUGGAGAGAAACCCUUUGCAUGUGAGGAGUGUGGGCGCAGCUUUAGCCAGAAGUCAACCCUCAUCCGACAUCUAAGGACACACUCAGGAGAGAGGCCCUUUGUGUGCCAGGAGUGUGGGCGAGGUUUUAGGGAUAAGUCAAACCUUAUCACACACCAGAAAACCCACUCCUGGGAGAAGCCUCAUGUGUGCAGUGACUGUGGGAGGCUUUUUAGAGAUAAGUCAACUCUCAGCAAACACCGACGGAUUCAUUCAGGGGAGAGCCCUCAUUUGUGCAGUGAAUGUGGCCGGAGCUUUAGUCAGAAGUCGUACCUCAUAAAACACAAGAGGAUACACUCUGGUGAGAAACCUUUUGUGUGUCAAGAGUGUGGAAGAGGCUUUAGUGAUAAGUCAAACCUUACCACACAUCAGAGGACACACUCGGGUGAGAACCCAUAUAUGUGUGCAGAGUGUGGAAGAAGGUUUAGCGUGAAGUCAGCUCUCAUUACACACCAGAGGACACACUCAGGAGAGAAGCCUUACAUGUGCAAAGAAUGUGGGCGAGGCUUUAGACAUAAGUCAACUCUCACUGCACAUCAGAGGACACACUCAGGUGAGAAACCUUUUGUAUGUAGGGAAUGUGGACGAGGCUUUCGACAGAAGUCACACCUCAUCAGUCACGAACGGACACACUCUGGAGAAAAGGCAUAUGUUUGCAUGGAAUGUGGACAUGGCUUUAACCAGAAAGCAAAUUUAGUCAGGCACAAGCUGGCCCACUCAAGGGAGAAGCCCUUUGUCUGCAUGGAGUGUGGGAGAGGUUUUAGCCAAAAGUCAGCUCUCAUAAGACAUCAAAGGACACAUUCUGGGGAGAAGCCAUAUAUAUGUAGAGAGUGUGAACAGGGCUUUAGCGACAAGGCAACCCUCAGCAUACAUCAGAGAACACACUCAGGGGAGAAGCCUUGUGUUUCUAGUAAGUGUGGGGAAGGCUUUAGACUGAAAUCACUUAUUAGACAUCAGAGGACACACUUGUAGAGAUCUAUGUACAGGGAAUGUAAAAGAGACCUUAGCAAUAAAUAACAACUCAUUGUGCAAGGAAAGACAACUUAGGGGACACUCAAGUGUGUAAGGAGUGAGCUUCAGUGCUACUCUCACUAGACAACAGAAGACCCUGAAGGUGACAUUUGUUCUUGUCUAGAGAUUUUUUUUCUGUUCUCAUAACUGGGAAAAUAUUGGCAUCUAGUGCGUAGAUACCAAGGAUGCAGUUAAAGAUCCCAUAAUACACAAUUCCCAAUAACAAAGAAUUAUCUGACGCUGUAAGACUUGGACCCUCUAAUACUGGCUUCAGCUGCAGGACUCCCUCCCCCUCCACGCACAUGCAUUGGCUUGGCAAAAAAUUCCCCAGACUGUGCUGCAACUUGAAAGCCUUCCUUCUCAGCCAUCCUUCAUUCCCCUUUUCGUUUGUAUCCAAAUAUAAUGCUUCUCCUUGCCUUCUCGAAUGUCCUUUCCAUUUUUUCCCCUCAAAAUUGGUUUUCCCAAUACUCUCACAUAUCGAAUGCUUUCUUUAUUCUCAGAAAACUUCAACUAACAUAAUUAAAAAGGAAAAAAAAAUAUGGUAACUACAGGGAGGCAACUUGGUAUACAACAUCUUCACAAAGCUGCUAAUAUUGGGACAGAUUGACACAAGGGCCUCCUACCAGGAUUCAUUUUUAAGAAUACCAGGUCUGUUUUUUAUAACUAUUCAAACAAAUGUGUAAACUAAAUCUUGUUAUGAGAAAUCACUAGAUCAACCUAAAUCAAGGAAUGUCCCAUAAAACAGCUGUGCAUUUUGAAACUCUUCAAAAAUGUCAAGGCUAGGAGCAAAAAAUGAAGCUGAUAAAUUAUUCCAGAUUUAAAAAGAAAAGGAGAUAGAAUAAAACUGUUGCAAUAGGAUUAGAUCUGGACAGAUAAUAUAUAGUUACUAAUGACUAUGGAUUGGCAAAUAACAUUUAAUCAAUGUUAAAUCAAUGAUAAAAUGCAAUAUAGAGUGGUUAUGGGAAUCAUGUUUUUUCUCUGGAAAUACAGUAGAGUUUAUAGGAGUUAAAGGAAACAAUAACUCCAACUCAUUUACAAAUUGUUCAGGAAAAAAAAUGGUCUUGAAGUGUUUAUAGAAAGUAAGUGUAUAUCUAAAAUGCAGAUACUUUUCUCAGCAAGGUGAGGGGGAAGGGAGUGUGAGAGAAAGAGGGGGCAACUGAGGAGAGAGAGGGAAAUAGAAUAAUGAUAAAUCAUGGAUAAAUACUGAUAAAUUUAUGCAAGUGUGUCUUAAACUUUUAUUGCAACUUUAGGUUUGAUUUUUACAUAAUAAACUAAAAUAUCAAAAAAGAUAAAGAAAGAAGGAAGGAAGCUCCUGGGAUGUGGGGCUGCUUGGUGGCUGGAUUAAUCACAAUUAAAUGUGAGCCUUUUCAGCACAGCCCAGAAUAACUCAACUCCUAGAGAAAUUUGAAAAAUUGGCUCAUAUCCCAACUGUUCAUUAGAAGAGAAGGCUUGCAUUAUCUGUGAAAUACAUUAGUCUCUAAUAGUUCUCCUACAAUAAACUGUGUUGUGGAUAUAAUUUAAAAUUACCAGAUUAUGACAUUAAGUAGGAAAAUAUGACCUAGGAAAAACAAGUAAUAGUAGACCAACAACUCACAUAGAUAAUGGAAAUUGCAACAAAGGUUUAAAUUAAAUCAAUUAUUAUAACAAUUUUAAAGAGUUUAUAAGAAAACUGCCAGGCUAUUUCAAAAGUAAAACCAGAGUUCUAGAAAAAGUAUCAAAUAUGAAUACUAAUAUUGAAAUACAUAACAACUGAAUUUUUUUCUCCAGGUCUGCUGAUGCAGCAAAGUUAAAUGCCAUUUUCCUUCCAUUUCUUAAUAAAAUAACUUUCAUGGAGAGUCAAAUGAGUGAUUUAAAUGAAACCAGAAAUAACAUUAGGAGUCAUGACUUUGAAAGUUAUUCAUCUUCGGAUUCUUUAAACUUGGAAAAACAGUCACUAUAAUCUAGUCUAGUAAACCACAUUAUGAAGAACACUGAAUUUAAAUUAUUUCUCUUAUUUUCUAUUCCAGAUAAAAAUCACACCCCAUCUUUCAAUUCUGUCAGUUGCCUACCAAGCUGAUAUGCUUCUGCAAUUCUUAUUUUGAAAUGUUUUCCUUCCAACUUUAAACAGGCAAUUUGUUUUCUUUUUAGGCAAAUGCCUACAUAGUAGUAUUAUUUUCCAGAAAUAUUUUUUUAAUUAUAUCAUCUAAGAGUAAGAAUCGUCUCUCUCUCUCCCAACACACCACCUCUUCCCUCCCUCUUUCUCCCCAACAUCUCAGUUAGUAAGUAUAACGUCUUAGUUUUUGUGGUUUCAAUUUCAAGGGAGCAGUAACUAUUAAAAGCCAUAAAUUUUCAUAGUUAACCUAUCUUCAUUAAUCAAUAUUCCCAUAUUGAAUUAGAUGGAAAAAACAAUGGACUUGCCAACUCAGUAUUGGGAUUAAGAUGGAUGAAACAUUCAAGAAUUGAUUAGUGUUUAUUAUAGAAAAUGACCCUGCAAAAUAUAUAUGUAGUAUAAUCAAGAUGUUUUGGGCAACUGUGAUUUGGAAUUCUUCUCUAAUAUUUACAUCAGAUAAUGAUAUGCAAAUUUUAUUUUACUGUAUUAGUAUAAACAUACAACAUUUAGUAGUUUGGGGUGACUAUUUUUUCUCCUUUCAGCAGACUAUGA